UUUGCCUCUUCAAAUCUAAUACUCCACCGGUCCCAAAGAUGAAUGUGGAAAAGCGAAUGAAGAUGGCUGGUUCAGUCCGAACUGGUGGGAAAGGUACCUUGAGAAGAAAGAAGAAAUCUGUUCACAAGACUACCACCACAGAUGAAAAAAGAAUGCAAAGCACCCUGAAGAGAAUUGGGGCGAAUACUAUUCCUGCAAUUGAAGAGGUGAAUAUUUUCAAGGAGGAUGUAGUCAUCCAGUUCACUAAUCCUAAAGUUCAAGCAUCUAUUGCUGCCAACACUUGGGUUGUUAGUGGCACUCCUCAGAACAAGAAAUUGCAAGAUAUUCUCCCUCAAAUCAUUCAUCAGUUGGGUCCUGAUAACUUGGAGAAUUUGAAGAAAUUGGCAGAGCAGAUCCAAAAGGAGGCAUGUAAUGCCCCGACCCCUUGUGCUAGAAAAUCGUGUAGGAAUUUGACUUUUCAUAUUCCACGUACUCCAGUUGAUACUAGAGCUUGGUACGGUGCCAUCCCGAUAGUUGCUUGGAAGCUGUUAUUAUAUGCGAAUUCUACUAGGGGUAUGUAUGACUCCUAA